CUCGUCCAGAUGACAGUUUAGCCGCCUCAGUUCUGCUGAGGCUCCGAUCCCCUUCUGUGUUUCUAGUCUAUCUAAAACGCUGCAAGCCCAUCUUUGAAGGAGAUGGGCAAAGCUGCUUUGAUUAGUCGGGGCUGCCGUGUGCAGGAAUUGUAAGAUGCGGAAUACUAGUCCAAGUCCUCCCAAGUCAAGUCUACAAUUAUACAACAGCUCAAGCUGCUUGGCUAGUUUCCACUUGAUUCCUCCUCCUCCUUCUCCUUCUCCUUCUCCUUAGCUUUUGUCUCGGGCGCCAAAGUCUUGGUCUUUGGAUGACUUAAGACAAAGAGGUUCACACAUCGGGGGUCAAGUCAUUCCCCAAAAGCAGCAUUGUUCUUAUCCCUCUUGCAUCCUCUUCCUUUUUACAUGCACCCUCCUCCCCUGUUUUUGCUCCAAACACCAUCUCCAUUCGGAUGGAUCUUACCAUGUCGUGUUCCUCCCUCUCCUUGCUCUUCUUCAUCUCCCUCCAUAUUCACUUCCUGGUGCCAGGUUCUGGCAAAUUCCUGCCGUUCCGAGAGUGCGCUCCUUUCGUUUGCGGAGAUAAAAAUAUCAGCUAUCCUUUUAGGCAUAAUGAGCGACCGACUCACUGUGGAUAUCCAGGCUAUGAGCUCGGAUGUGACGGACAUAACCCAACCCUGGUUAUGGAGUCCCUGACAUAUCGGGUAAUCCACAUGAAUACGAACAUGCAGAUCCUUGAAGUGGCAAGGAAGGAUUUAUCGGACGAUUUAUGUCAUGGAGCACAUGUCAACACCACUUUGAACUCCAGUCUCUUCAACUACACUUCCAGUGACCUCAAUUCCAUCUUAUUCUACGAUUGCGAUUCAUCGCCGAUCUUUGGAUCUUAUCCGUUCUCGUGUCCUACGUCUGGAGAUAGCUACUUUGCUCCAGUUGUGGACCUUGAACACCUACCACAAGAGCUAUGCAACUUCAGUGUCCUUGUCCCAAUUUCACAAAGUGAUGAAGCUCCAGAUCGACCACCACCAUCGGAGGACAGCGAUUUUGGUGCUCCUAUUAAUCAUGCUGCUCGAAUUAGUGAGAUCCUGAACAAAGGCUUUGAGAUCACCUGGAUUGCCAACACAGCGCAGUGUGAAAAUUGCACUGAAUCGGGGGGAAUAUGCGGGUACGACUGGAAAAGGCAACGAUUCAAUUGUUUCUGCACUGAUGGAGCCUAUUCACCGACCUGCAACGGAACACGAGUUCCAGGAAGCUUCCCUUCAAGAAACAAAAAGAUGGGUCUCAAAGUUGGAAUAGGAAUGGCGGCAUUAGGAGCUGGAAUUGUGGUCACCCUUAUCUUAAUGCGAGCUUUGAUAAAGCAGAGGAGCGUACAUUUCGAUGGCGAAAUGAAAAUCGAGGGACUCGUCUCUUCGAGAAGAUACACCUACAAAGACAUCAAGAGGAUGACCAACUCUUUCGAAGAAAAGUUAGGCCAGGGAGGCUAUGGCUGCGUGUACAAAGGCAAGCUUGGAGACAGUCAACUGGUGGCGGUGAAGAUUCUAAAGAAACUGAAAGGCGAUGCAGAAGAAUUUUUCAAUGAAGUUGCGAGCAUAAGCAGGACUUCUCAUGUCAAUGUUGUUAGCCUUUUGGGGUUCUGUUUUGAGGGAAGCAAAAGAGCUUUGGUUUAUGAGUUCAUGCCCAACGGAUCACUCGAGAAGUUCAUAUUCAACAGGAGUAACACUUUGGAGGUAGAUCGGCAAUUGAGUUGGGACACAUUGUACCAGAUUUCCCUUGGCAUAGCUCACGGGCUAGAGUACUUGCAUAGAGGCUGCAACACGAGGAUCUUGCACUUUGACAUAAAGCCUCACAACAUUCUCCUCGAUGCAAACUAUUGUCCCAAGAUUUCUGACUUUGGUCUUGCCAAAAUAUGCUCGAGACAAGAGAGCAUUGUGUCAAUGCUAGGUGCCCGGGGUACCCCUGGAUACAUUGCUCCGGAGCUGUUCAUGAGGAACAUUGGAGGGGUUUCUCACAAAUCGGAUGUCUAUAGCUACGGUAUGAUGGUUUUGGAGAUGGUCGGCAGGAGGAAAAACAUUGAAGUCGCGGUAGAUCGUACCAGCGAAACUUACUUCCCUCAUUGGGUCCACCGACGGCUGGAGCUCCGACAAGAGCUUGGGCUGCACGGAAUCACAAAUGAGGAGGACGAAGCAAUUGCAAAGAAGAUGAUUGUAAUUGGUUUAUGGUGCAUUCAAAUCGAUCCGAGAGCUCGACCAUGUAUGACCCAAGUUGUGGAGAUGCUAAAAGGAAGUGUUGACACCUUGCAAUUUCCUCCCAAACCAUUGCUGUCAUCACCCUCAAGAUCGCUCGCAGCUUGUCCAUGUGAAAGUUCGUCUCUGCAAGAGGGUAAUGACUCGAGUUGGGGUUAUUCAAUAUCAAUUAUAAGAGACCGACUUAGUUUGUAACAGGCUCUUUGAAAGGAAAAAAAAAAUUUCCAGCAUUAUCUUC